GAUGUGAGCUCAGACUUGCUUCUGUUCGCCCCCAAGGGCUUGACCGCUGCAGCUUGGGCAUGGCCUUGGACAUCACUGAAAACUUGUCCUCGUGCUCCUCGGGUUCCAAAGAGUCGGCGUAUUUCUUCAUGCCUCGCCUCCCAAAUCGGUGCGCAGAUGUGGGGCCCUUGGUACGCCUCCUGGGCUCUCAGUUUGCACAGCCCGGGGCCUGCACAAAUUUCCAGUUGGAAGGGGAAUGGGCACUAUGGGACCCAGGAGCAAGAGGUUUCAGGCUGCCUUACUCCCUUCACAUAGACAAUGACAGUGGGAAAAGCCUGCACUUCCCCCGUGUGCUCAAAACGUUGACAGUAUCUCUGGGUGGCCAUGGGAGAACGGAUGGCCCACCAAAAGUUGCAGGAGACCUCGGGGAGGGAGUUGCUGAGGACAGGGCCCUGAGAGGGACAACCUGGCAACCUCCGUGCCCUCUCACCCUCUUUCCUGGCCUCUUAGGAGCACCUGGAAGCUACCAGCCAGCAGAAACAGCAGCUAAAGCCCAGUUGAGCCUCACGGCUCUCCCUGGGGAAGAGGAGCUGGAGGAGGACAUCUGGACAGUGAGGAGGGGGAGGCACCUCAGCCCAUGCCAAACAUCCCAGGGGACCUGCAGAACCUGGAGGCCAGAGCAACUUUAUGGAGGACAACGUGGACCUGAGGAAGCCGGUGGAGAAACUAGAGCUUCCAUUCAUCCACCUCUCGGGACAGACACCAUAAGAAACUACAUCAGCCAGGGGGCAGUGCCAAAAUGCGGCACUGGGAGAGGAGGAUAUCAUCAGGCUGGCCCAGGACCAGGAGAUGCAAGUAGGGUGAACCUGCUGGAGCUGCAGGAACAGGUGUUGCGGCUUGUGGGUGACCACAACGAGGGGCAUGACAAAUUCCUGACCACUGCCCAGAGUCCUGGUGAUCAGGCCGCUCUAGGAGCCCCAAUCCCCCAGGAGCUUGGGUGUGCUGACAAGCAGGGUGAUCCCCUCCUCCCUCUGUCUGAAGAUCUUCGUGGCUGAGCCUCACUGACAGCGUGGAGCCUGCACCAGGAGAGGCCAGAGAGGGUUCUCCCCACAACAACCCCACUGCACAGCAGAUUGUGCAGCUGCUUCCUCUGACGCAGGACUCUCCAGGAGCACCGAGGCUUGUACAGCAAUCCCUGCAUGCUAUUCUUUUCGGGCUGCCAAGAACAGGGAGCUAAACCAUCACUAUCAUCUCAGAGCUGGUCAAGAAAAAAAAAAAUUUAAAAACCUAAGGGGUUAAUCUCCUACACAAUUCAUUUACUUCAUUUGAAUGUUAGAGCCACUCACGUUUAUUUGUGUUUUCCUAAUUUAUAGUUUAAAUUUAUUUGUAAAAAGUUAAAGGAGAGUGGGUCUUUCCCUCAUGUUCACUGUGACAUCCUUUAGCACCUUUUUUUAAUUUGAUAACUGUAGGUCAUUAGCAUGCAUAUCGAGUUUGCCCUUAGGUGGUGGGAGUUCAAACACGCAAAGACCCACUAUAUGCACAAAACUGUUCUUGCUGGUUUGGAAUAGGCUGCCAUGCUUUUUUAAUGUUAUCGCAGCAUGUAUGUUCAUUACGGAAUUCGAAUAAAAUUUGCCUAUGUUCUGCUAUUA